AUGGGUUCUUGGUCACGCAACAAGUGUGACCAAGAAGAUGAAGAUACAUCAAGAUUUAAUGAGAGUGGAGCUGUCACACCCGCGAAACUUGACCUUAUGGAUGUCAAUGAUGAAGAAGAAGGCGGCCGAGGUGAAUCAUUGACAAACAGUGUACAGGUGAUAGAAAAGGAGCACAUGUUUGAUAAGGUUGUAACUCCAAGUGAUGUAGGAAAGCUAAAUCGCCUGGUGAUCCCAAAACAGCAUGCAGAGAAGUACUUUCCUUUAGAUUCAUCAUCGAAUGAGAAGGGGCUUUUAUUGAAUUUUGAGGAUAGGAAUGGUAAAGCUAGGAAUAACUUUGCAAAGUCGAAACAAUUCAGGAGUGAAAAAAAUACUACUCUCGGCUUCAAUUAA